GUGACGCACUCCGCUUGGGUCGCAGGAUUUUGCUGUGGAUACUUACUCCUAAUCUUGGCGAGCCCACCCGUAUAUAAAGGACGGGUAGUGUGUGUGGCGGUAGUAACAACCUAAGCUAGGUCCCUCGUCUCUCGUGCAGGUUCCAAACUCGACUCAAAAAACAACAACCAUGCGUGAAAUCGUGCACAUGCAGGCCGGCCAGUGCGGCAACCAGAUCGGAGCCAAGUUCUGGGAGGUGAUUUCCGAUGAGCACGGCAUCGACCCAACCGGCACAUACCACGGGGACUCCGACCUUCAGCUGGAGCGCAUCAACGUUUACUACAAUGAGGCCACAGGCGGCAAGUAUGUCCCUAGAGCUGUUCUCGUUGACCUUGAACCCGGCACGAUGGACUCGGUGCGGUCAGGUCCCUUCGGUCAGAUUUUCCGCCCCGACAACUUCGUCUUCGGCCAGUCGGGCGCUGGCAACAACUGGGCCAAGGGACACUACACAGAGGGCGCCGAGCUCGUCGACUCCGUGCUCGACGUUGUUCGCAAGGAGGCGGAGAGCUGCGACUGCCUGCAGGGUUUCCAGCUGACACACUCCCUGGGAGGAGGCACCGGCUCCGGUAUGGGUACACUUCUCAUCUCAAAGAUCCGAGAGGAAUACCCAGACAGAAUCAUGAACACAUUCUCUGUCGUGCCAUCGCCUAAGGUAUCAGACACCGUUGUGGAACCGUACAACGCAACGCUGUCAGUGCACCAGCUUGUUGAGAACACAGACGAAACCUACUGCAUCGACAACGAAGCUCUUUACGACAUCUGCUUCCGAACGCUGAAGCUCACCACCCCGACCUACGGCGACCUCAACCAUCUGGUCUCUGCCACCAUGUCGGGUGUUACCACCUGCCUGCGUUUCCCAGGUCAGCUGAACGCAGAUCUGCGCAAACUGGCCGUCAACAUGGUGCCCUUCCCUCGUCUGCACUUCUUCAUGCCCGGCUUCGCUCCCCUGACGUCCCGUGGCUCGCAGCAGUACCGGGCCCUGACGGUGCCAGAGCUGACGCAGCAGAUGUUUGAUGCCAAGAACAUGAUGGCUGCUUGCGACCCUCGCCACGGCCGAUACCUGACCGUAGCUGCAAUGUUCCGUGGCCGCAUGUCCAUGAAGGAGGUGGACGAGCAGAUGCUGAACGUUCAGAACAAGAACAGCAGCUACUUCGUGGAGUGGAUCCCCAACAACGUCAAGACUGCCGUCUGCGACAUCCCACCCCGCGGUCUCAAGAUGUCCGCCACCUUCAUUGGCAACUCCACAGCUAUUCAGGAGCUGUUCAAGCGCAUCUCGGAGCAGUUCACAGCCAUGUUCCGGCGCAAGGCCUUCUUGCACUGGUACACUGGCGAGGGCAUGGAUGAAAUGGAGUUCACGGAAGCAGAGUCCAACAUGAACGACCUGGUGUCGGAGUAUCAGCAGUACCAGGAUGCCACCGCUGAGGAGGAGGGUGAAUUCGACGAGGAAGAGGGCGAGGAGGAAGCUUAAAAUAACUAUCUGGUUCAUCUUUCACGAGCUUGCAGA